AUGCUGGGGUCAUCUAGAUCCUUGAUUAAAGCAUUGGAUACAUUAUUUGCAGAAUGGGGGAAUAGUGAUAAUACUCACGAAGAUAUAGAUUCUAUAAUACAACAAUAUUUAAACAAACAUAAUGAAUUAUCAAUUAUACAACAAGCAACAAAUUUAAAUGAUGAAUUGUAUAAAAUUUACAAUAAUUAUAUUAAACCAUCAGAGAAUAUUGAACAAGAAUAUAAGUUUUUAGAUAUAUUAAAACAAGUUUCAUUAGUUUUCAAUCAAGAAGAAAUUAAUUUAUGGUUACAAACUUAUCUAAAACCUGCUGUCGAUAGUGCAGGGUUUGAUUUAAAAUUUGUAGAAAAAUCAAGACAAUUUAUUGAAUAUUUGACGGGUGGUUAUACAAAAUCAAAUGAUGAGAAAGUGAAUAGCUUUAGAUCUAAUAUUGCAAAAUCAAUCAUCGAUCAAAUUAUAAAUAUCUAUUUACAAGAUUCAUUAAAACAUGAGAAAUUGAAAAUUGAUGCUGAGAAUAAAGAUAGUCAAGUUUAUCAUGAAAGAAUACGAUUUAUUAAAUCAAAUUGUAUUAAACUUCUUGAUGCUUGUGGAAUACAAGAUACUUUAAACUAUUAUCAAUUAUUAAAUGAACAUAUUUUAAUACCGAAACAACGACAUGAGACAUUGAUACUUGUAUCUUCAUUGGUAGGUAGUCGUAAAGCAAGUUUAUUAAUCAAGACUGACUUGUUUUCAAGCCUUUUAAAAUGUGUUGUAUAUGAAUUUGAUGAUGCUAUUGUAUAUUCUUCAUUAACCAUUAUUAAUAUGUUGAUACCUCAAGUGACUAAUGAUUUAAGUUUAUAUGUACCUGAUCUAUUUGCAAUAUAUAGUAGUUUAAUAUGUUGGAAUGAUUUCAACAAGAACAAUAAUAGAAUUGAAUUUUUUGAUGAAUAUGCUAAAACUAAUUGGAAAAUGGCAGCUUCAGAAAAAGAUUCAGCUUCAACAUCAUUAUUAUUUGAUUAUCAACAUCUAAUGACAUAUUUAUAUGGAUUAUAUUACUACAAUGUCUUAGAAUUUAUAAAAGAUCCUUUUAAAUAUUUUAGAAAUCACCCACCAAAAUUAAUACCAAUGACAUUUGUCGAAGUAUUGGAGAAGAAAUUACAUUUAGGAUCCAGAAUUAUAGACAAAACAAAGAAUUUAGUCUCAACAUUUUUGAUACAUCCCAAAGUUUUUAAUUCAAAUAAUCCAAAUGAAUUAGAUGAUCCUACUUCUUGGAUAGAUGGUAAUUCUCCAGAAGAUAUUGCAGCUGCAUGUUUAAGUUUAAAUUCGGAUAUUUUAACUAGUACAAAUAAAAAAGAAUUUAUUAUUGAACCUGGUUCAGAUGUUGAAUCACAAAAAUUAUCAAGAAAUUCCUCAAUGGCUGGUCCAAUGUAUAUAAAUGUUACAGAUGGAUUACAAGCUAAAUUACAUAACAUUCAAAAUAGGAAAAUGUCAAUCAUACCAACAAAUAUAGUAAUUGAAAGUGCUCCAAUACCAACUACCUCAGAAAAGAAUUUUAUAACUCCCGUUAGUUCAGAAAUAAAAUUCAAAGAUGUUAAAUUUAAUGAAGGUAUUAUAUCUGAAAAUGAAGUUAAAAAUGUAAAUCUGCUUGAUAGUAUACCUUCAUCACCUGAACUAUUUCAUCAUGAACCAAAAAUGGAUCCAAUAAGUGAUUUAUUAUCAACACAUGAGAAGUUAUUUGGAGCUACUAAUAAAAAUUAUCACGAUACUACAUCUUCACACGAUUCAAAAUCAUCAUUAAUUAAUGAAAAGUUGAAACAUGAAUUAAGAUUAUCUAGACCAAUGUCAUCUCCAACAACUAAUAUUGAAACUUCAAGUGUUUUUAAAGAUGUAAAUGAUUCAAAAGGUAAUGUGGUUGUUUUUUAUCAACGUGAGUUGCUAUUGUUUAAAAAUGAAUUGGAGUUUUCUAAUUAUAUGAAAUAUUUGUAUCAAUAUUACUUUUUCAAAAACAAGAGGGAAAAGAAUAUGACAUCAAGCAUAAAGGAGAGUGAUGAAUUUGAAGAAAUGCAGAAAAUAGUAGAUUUGACACGAAGGGAAUUAGAUACAAAAUUGAAUGAAUUCAAAAAAGAAAAGAAUCUAUUACUUAAUAAGCUUCAACAACUAGAACAGGAAAAAGAAGAGGUAAAAAAGGAAAUAGAUAAGUUGAAUGAUAAUAAAAUGAUAGAUACAAAGAACAUCCAACGAUUAAUGGAAGAGGUUUCGCUUAAAGAUUAUGAAAUUGAAAAGUUGAAAUUGAAAAUAAAUGAUUUGACUACAGUUAAAGAAGAACCUAAGAAACCAGAGGUUAAAGUAAUAAAAGAACCAGCUGAUGAUAAAACUAUCUAUGAGUUGAGAAGUCAAGUACAUUUAAUAACUGAAAGAUAUAAUGAAGCUUUAGCACAAUUAGCUAAUGAGAAGAAACAACAAGAUGAGUUGAUCAAAAAAUACGAACAGGAAAUUAAACAAUCCAAAUACAAUAUUGACGAAAACAUCACUCAAUUCACAUCCAAAUAUGAAAAGAAAAUACAAGAAUUAUCCACAAUAAUAUUAAAAUAUGAAACAUUGUUGGAAGAGAAAAACUCUAGAAUUUUACGAUUAUCAUCAUCAAAACCAAUACCAAUUGGAACUAAUAAUACAUCUUCAACUAAUUCAAGAAUGUCAUCUAGAUCAGACUCAUAUGAUCAUAUUUCAGAAUCAUAUUCUCCACCAAAUGGUAAUCUGUAUAAUCCUCAUAUUAUGCCUUCACCAGCACCAAUUCAAUUUUAUCAACCUAAGUAUACUCGUAAUAAUUCAGCAUCGAAUAGUGGUAACAACAGUACAAGCUCAAAUGUUCCAAUUAUGAGAGGCAGAGGUGGAAUUCAAAAAAGAUCGAAGAAAAUGAUGUAA